AUGGCGGCGGAUAUGAGGUCGUCCCUACACCGGUUCCGGCUCAGUCGUACCUCACUGGUAUCCGGAGACGGACCCGAGGGUCAGGCGGCUCCUCGCCGCAGGUCCGCUUCCCCCAUUGCAUCGCCAGAACGAGAUGUCGACGAGCGCAGUAAACAGCAGGAAACCUCACCACUGUCGCUGGCCGCGGGCUCCGGUUCCAUAACGACAGCUGCGCCCAAGAAGUCCUCGGCACGCGAUAUUCCCGCAUGCGACCGAUGCCGCACCUUCAAGAAGAAGUGCAGCAGGACUUUCCCCGUCUGUACUCUCUGCGCCAAUGCUGGCCAAAAGUGCUCCUUCUCCACGCCGGUAUCGUCCGAUGCCGCCCAGACACACCACUUGCGCGCACGGGUGGCUUGGCUCUCGCGCUACAUCAACGAGAACCUGCUUGUUGGUCCCGCGGGAGUCGAGGACAUUGAGACAGGGACCGACCUUACCGAGAUAAUUGGGGCGCAUCCAUCUCCCGCAGAUAUCACUCAUACGACAAACAAGUCCCCCAUCUCGGGUCUUGAGAGGGAACGCUUACCUAUGAGCACUACACAAUUGCGACGGAGGACACAAACCGACAAUGAAGAAGUCGACUCCUCGCCAGGGGCACAAACGUGUGUGACGCACGUCUCUGCAUCGUCCAUACGCCCGUUUAAGAACCCUCCGUCUGUCGCCGCUUCCACCACCAGUCCUCUCGGCGAUGUCGACCUCUCUCCAGCAGGGCCAUUGCCCCAAGAUGCCGUGGCAAGGCGCUUCGUCGAUGCCUACUUCCGCAACGUCAAUAGAGCCUACCCCUUUGUUGACCGUGCCAAGGUCCUCAUUGAUCUCGAGAUAUUCGGGGACUUUGCCAAACGGGAUCGGGAUCCGUCAUCUACACUGCUCUACCUCAUCAUGGCCAUUGGCUGUACGACUCUUCAGCGGGCUGGCCAGAUUCCCGACGACACGGCAUCUAAGUUCGAGGUGCCAUAUUCAGAUAUUAUCCAAGAGUGUCUAAACCGCACUUCUAUCGAGUCUGUACAGAUUCUAGUCUUGUUAGCUCUCUAUUCUCUCUUCGAUCCCCAAGGCACUUCAGCCUUUUCCAUCAUAGGCAUAGUCUCUCGACAAGCUAUGCUCCUGGGCCUCACUCGACGUGCUUCUGAUGAAAAGGAUCUAUCCCCUCAAGCCAUUGAGCUACGUCAUCGACUUUUCUGGAGUAUAUAUGUGCUCGACCGGAUGAUGGCGGCGUCCCUCGGGCUCCCCGUGGCAUUGAUGGACGAGAACAUGGACGUCCCGCUGCCUGGGCUCACGAUUGAAGAGUUUGCCUCUCCAGAGCGGACUCAACACGCCAUGAUAUUACAGACAAGCCGGCACGUCAUCCAACUGCGCCAGAUGGAAGACAGUAUCUUGCGACACAUCCACUUCCGAAAGCACACAGACGUUAGCUCCCUCACUCACGCCGACCGCCGCGCAGUCGCGCAAGAUAUUCGCGCCGACAUCGAGAACUGGUACAGCAAUGGCUGUCUCGUCUCGCCUCUGGAACCGGACAACGUCCCUAUUCACAACUCCAUUACCUGGCUCAGCGCCAAGUAUUAUCAUCUUCUCCUCCUGCUCUACUACCCAUCGCACUUCAAUACAUAUGGGCCACUAGGUCCACUCGUGUCCAGAUCGGAACUCCUUCGCUUCGCGCAGAAGCAUUUGCAAUCCACUUCGGCACUCUUUCAGCAGCGCCAGUUGCCCCUGAAUCGCGUCACACUCUGCCGUUUGCUCCCAGUCGGUCUGAUCCUGAUGCACGGCUUCAUCGCCUGUGCCGCGGAAUGCGCUGCCUUCCCAGCCCGUGAUGAGGCCGCCGUCAUGGUCGCGAUCCUGGACGCGUUUCCGGAGGGCUGGGCUGACGCAAAGCGCGGGGCGGAGAUCCUGCGGCAGUUUAUAGACGUCAUAUCCGGCGUCUCAGACUAUGGACCUUUGCACUACUCACAAGCGAUCUUUGUCAACGGGCAAGGGGGAAAUUCGAAAGAGUCGUUCCAGAACCUGCUCAAGCCAGCAAUGUCUGCUUUCCUGUCGCUUAUGCAAGAUGUUUUGGGACGUACAACGUGCUAUUGCUUCCAAGAAAUGCCAGAGGAACGGGAUGCCUCGGUCGGCUUCUCACUGAUGAACCAGUCGAUGAACACAUCCCCACUAGGGCCGAGCAGGAGUUCGCUUGCACUCGCCAGCGGUACUCCAGGGGAUGAUGCUGUAAUGAACUAUGAUUGGGGGCCACUGGAGCUGGACUUUUUGUAA